AUGUCAAAAACAGCAGACAUGCUAAAGGAUUCUACUUCCGCACUAAAGUCGGCAAAUGAAGCUAUGUCGGCUAUGUCAUCUAUGGUUGUAGGACUUCUAGCCAAUAAAGAUGCUUCAUCAAACAGUAGUCUGCAGAAUCUAAAGUCAAACUAUGACUUUGCCUCGGCAUAUCAAGCCACAUACGGACACAUGACCCCAAUCUCUUCUGUAAAUGCGGAACAAACCUUCCAAAGACAAGUUGACACUUCUAAAGGGAUUGUUUUUGCAGAGGACCUACCAAAAAUGGACUACGUGUCUACUUCUUUAAGAAAGCAAAUUCUAGAAGACGUUCCGGAAAGAAGCGCCGGAAGCAGAUGCACAAGCCAUGAUUUGUCCGCACUUCUCACUCGUAAUGUGGAAUUGACUAAUAGUGUAAGUUGUUUACUCAAAACUUCAAUAGCUCCUAGAACACGUACGCAGUAUGAGUGUGGGUAUUCUGCCUAUGCAACCUUUUUACGAAUGACUGGAGUGAUUUGGCUUAAUUCAGACAUGCCUCCGUUAACUGAAGAAUCUCUUAUUCAUUUCGCUACGCAUUGUUUUAAAAACUUGCACUUGAAAUGUUCUACUAUUAAAAUGUAUAUAUGUGGAAUACGAUAUAAAUACUUAGAGAAUGGGAAGACUUCAAUAUUUAGCGGCAGUUCUGAUAAACUUUAUCGACUCGAUGCGUUAUAUAGAGGAAUAAAGAAAAAUGAGAAAAAAUCAACAAAACCUAGACUGCCAAUUACCUUCACGAUACUCAAGGACAUUUGUCAGUUGUUGAGGAAAGGGUAUUAUACUCCGUAUAUAGACAUUCUUCUGGAAGCAGCGUGUGUCACGGCAUAUUUUGGAUUUCUCCGAUGUGGGGAAUUUACAGUAUUACAUUCGUUUGAUUCAGAAUGCAAUGUGAGUAUCGAAGAUAUCCGAUUCCUUAAGGAUAAAGUUACCUUUCAUUUGAAAGCUUCGAAAACAGACCCAUUCCGUGAAGGUGUUGACAUUCAUUUAUUUGCGUCGGGAGUUUCUGUUUGUCCAGUCUUAUCUCUGGAACGUUACAUGGACUAUCGUUCAAGGAAAUUCAAAGAUAGUAAAUCACAAGACGCUUUCUUUGUGAUGGAAAAUAGGAAAGCUUUAACACGAAACUACUUCAUUUCUUCUCUAAAAAACAUACUUGCCGUACUUGGAUACAACUCAGACUUAUAUAAUGGUCACAGCUUUCGCAUUGGAGCAAGUACCACAGCAGGUUCAAAAAUUGAAGAUCACCUUAUUCAGACACUCGGACGGUGGAGUUCACAGUGUUAUACUCGCUAUAUCAGAACAUCUUUAUCAACGAUACAGCAAGCUCAACAAGCAUUACUCGAAUGA